AUGGUUGAGUCCAAUAAGACCUUCCUUCUAUUGCGAUUCAUUCUCCUGGGCCUCACAGGCCACCCGAAGCUAGAGAAAACAUUCUUUGUGCUCAUCCUGUCAAUGUACCUGGUGAUCCUGCUGGGCAAUGGAGUACUCAUUCUGGUGACCAUCCUCAACUCCCACCUACACACGCCCAUGUACUUCUUCCUGGCGAAUCUCUCCUUUCUGGACAUCUGCUACACAACCUCCUCAAUCCCCCUCAUUCUUGACAGCUUCCUGACCCCCAGGAAAAGUAUCUCCUUCUCAGUCUGUGCUGUGCAGAUGUUUCUGUCUUUUGCCAUGGGAGCCACAGAGUGUGUGCUCCUGAGCAUGAUGGCAUUUGAUCGUUAUGUGGCUAUCUGCAAUCCCUUUGAGUAUCCUGUGGUCAUGAGCAAGUCUGCUUAUGUGCCCAUGGCCAUCAGCUCUUGGGCAGCUGGAAGUAUCACUGCCACUGUACAGACAUCCUUAGCAAUGCAACUUCCCUUCUGUGGGGACAGUGUCAUCAACCACUUCACCUGUGAGAUCCUGGCUAUCCUGAAGUUGGCCUGUGCUGAUAUCUCCAUCAGUGUGAUCAGCAUGGCAGUGGCCAACAUGAUCUAUGUAGGAGUCCCAGUUCUGUUCAUCUUUUUCUCCUAUGUCUUCAUUCUUGCCACCAUUCUGAGGAUUCCCUCUGCUGAGGACAGGAAAAAGGCCUUCUCCACCUGCUCUGCCCACCUUACAGUUGUGGUCGUCUUCUAUGGGACCAUCCUCUUCAUGUAUGGGAAGCCCAAGUCCAAGGACCCAUGGGGGCCAGACAAGCAGGACCUUGCAGACAAGCUCAUCUCCCUCUUCUAUGGGGUGGUGACCCCCAUGCUGAACCCCAUCAUCUACAGCCUAAGAAACAAAGAUGUGAAGGCUGCUGUGAGGAGCCUGGUAAGAGAGAAAUGGGGUUUCCCAAUGAUUCUGUGCUCUGUGACUUCCACCUGA